GAGCCCACCCGCCUUCAGUGGAGCGGUGGUUCGCCGCCUUACUGGGUCACCGUGAUCCCCGCGGGCCAGCCCUCGGCCGCGCCGAUCAUGACCCUCGCCGACAGCUCGGACGCGACCUCGAUGACCUGGAACGUCAACCUCCCCGCCAACUCGCAGAUUACGCUCCAGAUCCGCGACGGCACAGGCAACGUCCAGUACUCGUCGCCCAUUACUGUUCAGGCGGGCUCGAACACGGCCUGCCUGACCGCCUCGGCUUCCGGCACUGACUCGGCCGGCGCCGUCGCCGGCGCUUCGGGUGCUCCUACCAACAACGCUCCGUCCGGUAGCGCUAGCGCGUCGCCCUCGGCCGCUGGCUCGCCUUCCGCUGCCGCCGCGGCCAGCGUCAGCUCGGCUGCCUCUGCCGCCACUUCCGCGGCUGCGACUCCAACCCCCGGCGCCGCGUCGGCGGUCAACAUUCCAAUCAUUGGCGCCGCCGCUGUCGCCGCCGCUGUCAUGGCCUAUGUCUAA